UUUAAUUCAAACCAAACCAUUUCUUUUACUUUUGGGAAGAAAAAGCUGAAUUCAAUGCCUGUUCUUUAAAAUAUUUUUCUACUGAAAUGGAACUUCUCUCUGUAAAAGUGAAAAAAGGAAGGUUGGAUAAAAUGACUGAUGCAUCCAAAACCUAUGUUGUUUUAAAAGUCCAAAAUUUGAAAAGCACUACAAUUGAUAGACGAGGAAGUGACCCUUGCUGGGAGCAAGACUUCAUGUUUGAAAUCUGUGCUGAUGGAAACGGCUUCAUUGUAGAGCUGUGGAAGAAAGGCUUGCUGUGGGAUAGCAUUUUGGGAGUUUUAUGGAUUCCCCUUGCAACUGUGGAAUAUGCAACAGAUGAAGGCCCAGGUUCCUGGUGGACAUUGCAUUCUGAAGUAAUAAAAAAUGGAAGUGAGAUUCAAGGCACAAAAACACCAACUUCCCAUGAGAUCUUAUUAGAUGUCUACUUUGCAUUACCAUUUGAUACCCACAAAGACUUAGAUUGCAGAGCCUGGCACAGAGGGCCACCCCUCCAAAGUACAAGACCUUCACAUCAAGAUACAUCUGAUAUUUGGUCACCCAUGCAAAGUGGUCUCAGCACACAAGAGAGCAAACAAAGGAGAAAUGCAGACCAGGGUAAUGGAGGUAAUUUUGCGAAAGCACGAUGGGCCAGGGCUAUUCAGAAGCGAUGUUGGGAAGAGCUGGAGGUGUGGGAUGCGGCACUGAGGGCAGCGGCCGGCAGGGGGCGCGCGGGGAGCGGCGUGGCCUCCGGGAGCGGCGCAUCCCUCGGGAAAGGGCUCUUCCCUCGGGAAAGGGCUCUUCCCGGCCGCGGCAGCGGGGUGUCACAACCGCCUGACUAG